AUGAGUUUCAGUAGAUGCUCACUGAGUGUUCUUUCAUGGUUACUAUUAUUGUUGCUGGUUGCCAAUGCGAAGCCUGAAGAAUACAAGACGUACAUAAUCCAUAUGGAUCAUUCUCAGAAACCUUCUUUCUUGACCCAUGAAUCGUGGCAUCGAUCGACGCUGCACUCGGUGUCGGAAUCUGCUGAUAAACAAGACCACUUGUUGUAUUCAUACAAGAAUGUUAUGCAUGGAUUCAGUGCCAUGCUCACGCCAUCACAGGUAUCUGAAAUCAAGAAGUCUCCAGCUCAUGUUGCCAUACAUGAGGAGUCCUUUGGUAAGCUGCUGACGACGCACUCUCCAAAGUUUCUCGGGUUAAGACAUUCUUCUGGUUUAUGGUUGGCUUCGUCGUACGGUGAAGGUAUGAUCAUAGGUCUUAUUGAUUCAGGCGUUUGGCCGGAGAGUGCGAGCUUCAAUGACAAAGGGAUGCCACCAAUCCCUCAUAGAUGGAAGGGGAAGUGUGAGAAUAGUACGGCUAGCCCUUUUCCUUGCAACAGAAAGCUUAUUGGCGCUCGUACAUUUAUUAAAGCAAUCCAAGUGAACAACUCGGACCAAACAGACGAUUCGCCCAGAGAUCAACAUCGGACAUGGAACACACACAUUGUCUACAGCUGGGGGUUCAUGCCACCAAUCCCUCAUAGAUGGAAGGGGAAGUGUGAGAAUAGUACGGCUAGCCCUUUUCCUUGCAACAGAAAGCUUAUUGGCGCUCGUACAUUUAUUAAAGCAAUCCAAGUGAACAACUCGGACCAAACAGACGAUUCGCCCAGAGAUCACAUCGGACAUGGAACACACACAUUGUCUACAGCUAGGGGUAACCAUGUAGCCGGUGCAAGUCAAUUCGGAUAUGCAAGCGGCAUAGCUAGUGGAAUGGCACCUCGUGCACAUCUUGCCAUGUACAAGGUCUCAAACACAGAAGAAGUUUCUGAAAGUGAUGUUCUUGCUGCCAUGGACCAAGCAAUUGCAGACGGCAUCGAUAUCAUGUCGCUGUCUCUAGGUUUUGAGCAAAGUCCAUAUUUCAGAGAUGUCAUUGCGAUAGGUUCUCUGUCAGCCUAUGAGAAAGGUAUUGUUGUUGUCUGUGCUGCUGGUAAUGAUGGUGCAUAUAAUUCUACACUGAAUGCAGCGCCAUGGAUUACGACGGUUGGUGCUGGUACACUCGAUCGAAGUUUCAUUGGAACAGUAACUCUAGGAAAUGGACUGACUUUUGAAGGCAGAUCAACAUUUCCAGAGAGUGUCCUAAUAACAAAUGUAUCUUUCUACCACGGUAUACGUGACUCAAAGAAAAGAAUAUGCCAGUUAGAAUCAUUAAACAAGAAUGAAACCAGUGGAAAGGUAGUCUUCUGCGAUUAUGCUGGAAUUACCAUAAUUGACGAGCAAAUAUCUGAGCUUUACAGGAUCGGUGCACUUGCGGCUAUAGUCGUGGCAGACAAAAUCCCUUUCGGUACUUUAGAUGACCUUACACUUCCCAUCCUGGUUCUACCUCUUUCUUCUGGAAAUUUGGUUCGAGAGUAUGUUAAAGGUGAACCUAAACCGGAAGUGAUGUCCAUGAGAUUUCUGCUCACAAGUUUAGGUACAAAACCUGCACCAGAAGUGGCUUAUUUCUCUUCAAGAGGACCAAAUCCGAUAAGCCCUGGUAUUUUAAAACCAGAUGUCAUUGCUCCCGGUGUCGACGUGCUUGCUGCAGUUCCACCAUUUCCGAAAAUAAGAACCGGUGACUAUGCUUUGGCGACAGAUUAUGCAUUCGACUCAGGCACAUCAAUGUCAACCCCACAUGUUGCUGGUGUGGCAGCUUUGCUAAAAACAGCGAGCCCUAACUGGAGUCCAGCAGCCAUCCGAUCAGCUUUGAUGACCACUGCCUAUACCAUCAACAACAAUGGAACUACUAUGAUAAAUCAAUUAUAUGUUGGUUCUGCGACACCUCUAGAUUACGGUGCUGGUCAUAUCAACCCCAACAAAGCAUUGGAUUCCGGACUCAUUUACGACAUGGACACACAAGAUUACAUCAAUUUCCUGUGCGGCCUAGGCUAUAACGACACGGAGAUGAGAGCUGUUCUUAGACGAAAUCAAUGGAACUGCACCCGAAACGAGACCGACCUGAACUACCCGUCGUUUUCCGCGGUGUAUAAAGAACCCAACUCUCCAAGAGUAAAGAACUUUUCCAGGGUGGUUACUAACGUGGGGGAUGAUCAAUCAGUUUUCCAGGCUGUGGUGGGAAACUCCAAAUGGUUGAGAAUCAUUGUUGAACCAAGCACACUGAUGUUCACGAAGAAAUAUCAAAAGCAAAGUUUCGUUGUGAGUGUAGAGAUUGAUGGAAAUGCUCGUCCAGAGCCAACAUACGGUUAUCUCAAGUGGAUUGAUCAACACAAGCGGACCGUCUCAAGUCCUAUAGUGGCCCUGAUUUCCUGA